AGAAGAAACCCCUAAUCUAAUAGCUGUUCUCUCACAUAAGAUCUACUAAACAUUCAAUCAUUUUAUUCUUCAGACCUGAAGCAUGAUGUUGAUGCCAGUGGUUUCGUUUUUCUGUCUGCUCUCUCUGACACCAGCGGCUACUGAAGUGGGCCUCAGUGGUAAAGUGCUUCUAUUUCCAACCAAGACUCACACCAGCUUUGUUAAACUCACUCCUGAAAAGCCACUGAAUCUUUCAGCAUUCACACUCUGCAUGCGUGUCGCGACAGAGCUCCAGGACGAGAGGGAGAUUAUUCUGUUCAAUUACCGCACACACGAGGUUGAUGAACUCAACGUGUGGAGACGUAAAGAUGGUUGUCUGGGCUUGAUUAUUCAGUCUAAUGGCGAUGAAGCUUUUUUCCACCUGCCGCCUCUCUCCACAUUCCAGACUCACCUGUGUGUCACCUGGAACUCUGCGACUGGUCUCACUGCCUUCUGGGUGGAUGGACAACGCAGUGUGUUCCAGAUCUAUAGAAAAGGUCUGUCAAUCCGUCCUGGCAUGUCAACCAGUUAUUUUUAA